ACAGCCUGAGUCCCGCUUUAGCGUGUGCGGAGCCAAGCCACUCUCCCCAGCCUUCCAGACUUAUGGUGAGGGCUCUGGUGCUGACUGUAGACGCCAUGUCCAAAAAUUAAAUCUGCUGCAGGGACAGAUUUCAGAGAUGUCACCCAGGUCUCUGGAAGAACCCGGAAAUGUUGAUGAAGAGGAAAAUGCAGGGCCCGGGCAGGCUGAGCAUGGGAGUGCGCAGGAAAAACCUCAGUCCUCAGAGAACCGCUGGCUGAAGUAUCUGGAAAGAGACUCGGAAGAGCUGGGGAUAGAAAGAGGAGUGUGUUUCGAGAGACCGCCCUUGUGCAGGACAGAGAAGCCAGAGCCUCCCUUCAACACAGGCCCGCCUAGAAAAAGGAAAUGCAGCCAGAGCGCAGUCUGGCCUCCACACAGCCCCAGUGUCCAGAACCUAGGUGAUUCUGAAGUUACUUUGGAGCCCCAGAAGGUCAGUGAUUGAGUGAUUGAAGUGUUUCUCUUCUGGUCCCAGUAACCAUGAAACACACAUAGAAUUGUUUACUACCCGAGUGUUUUUUCUGCUCUGACUUAAGCCAACUCCUUUCUCUGGCCUGACCAUUUCCCUGCCCUGCUCAAUCUCAGUGAUGUGAGCUCCCGGGCAAAAGGACAGCUUGAUGCCUUGGAAUCAACCAAGGUUGACCAGUAGGGCUUUUCUGAGUCAGAACCCUUCUCUUCCCUCGACGUGGCGUGGCAGGUCUUUGUCAGACUGUCCGACAUGGGACCUGCCCCGGACUUCUGAGGUGCUAUUCACAGCUUCACCUUCACUUACCCAGGUGUGUCCUUUCACACCGAGGCACUGUCUUCACCUAGGAUCUGCUC